AAUCCCUUCACGUCAAUUAGGACAGAAGAGAGUAUUUAUUUUCUCUAUAUUUCUGAUAAUAAUGGAAGUGGUGGUUGAUUUUUUUUAUUUUUAUUUUUUCACUCUCAGAAGAAGAAGACCCCACUGUAAAAGUACAAUAACAGGCAUGAUACAAACCUUUUCAUGCAUCUACAGACCCAUUUGUGUCCCUAACCACACAUAUAAAUGAUCAUGUUUCCUCCCUUCCCUUUUUAACUCCCACACGCUACAAUCCUCUCUUCUUCUUUUAUUUCUCAAUCUUUUUAUCGCCCUUUCCCUUCCUAGCUUCUCUUUUAUAGGAAAUCAAAGUAAGGUGACUCCACAUCUUUCUUUUCCAGAGCUCUUCAUUUACAAGUACGACUUUGCUAUCUUACUUAUUUUGAUUCCACUACCAUUAGGACAUAAUUAACAAUGUCGAAAGACAUGAAUCUGUCAGUAAAUGGGCAAUCUCAAGUACCUCCCGGAUUCCGUUUUCAUCCAACGGAGGAAGAACUUCUUCACUAUUACUUGAGGAAAAAGGUUGCCUAUGAGAAAAUUGAUCUUGACGUUAUUCGCGACGUUGAUCUCAACAAGCUCGAACCCUGGGAUAUUCAAGAGAAGUGUAGAAUAGGAUCGGCCCCGCAAACCGAUUGGUACUUUUUCAGUCACAAAGACAAGAAGUAUCCGACAGGAACUAGAACAAAUCGUGCAACUGCUGCCGGAUUCUGGAAGGCUACAGGUCGUGAUAAAGUCAUACACAGCAAUUGUAAGAGAAUAGGGAUGAGAAAGACCCUAGUCUUUUAUAAAGGGCGUGCUCCUCAUGGACUGAAAUCAGAUUGGAUCAUGCAUGAGUAUCGCCUUGACGACAACAUCAAUCCCCAAGAAACCGUAAACAUUAAUGCAACCGAGUCAAGUAACCAGGAAGACGGGUGGGUGGUGUGCCGUGUGUUUAAGAAGAAGAAUUACCAUAAGGCACUUGAGACUCCUCAUCAGAGCUCAUCAUCAGCACUCUCCAUGAACUCUAGAAGCAGUACACUUGUUCAAAAACCAAACAAUGACGGCGUUCUUGAUCAAAUACUCAUGUACAUGGGAAGGUCAUGCAAGCAACAAGACAUGGAAAACAAACACAGCAACAACCUCGUCAACAACGUCAACAGUAUUCACUUGAACGACCAUAUUGUGCAAAUAAACAACAACAACUCCUUCAUCAACAACAACAACAGUAAUAGAUUCAUCCACCUUCCAGCACUAGAGAAUCAUCAUUCUCCAACCAACAACAUGGAUGACGUGUCAUCUCUACAACUAAUCCAACAAGAUUGCUGUAGCUUUGAUGAGAUGCUAACAGAAACAGAACCAAAAAAUAGCGCUGCUGCUGGGCCUGGGCCAGGCCCGAGUGAUUGGGUUUCUCUAGACCGUCUGGUGGCUUCUCAACUUAAUGGCCAUGAUCGUGUGGAAAUUACAUCAAACGUUGAGAACAACAACAUAUAUUUUCCUCUUCAUCAUGGGUUACAGCUAGGUCACUUGCGUACAAGCGGGGGAACAAAUGAUGAUGACGACACGUUCUCACAAUCUCAAGCACAUGUCGACGACGUUGACGUUGAAUUUUGGAGCUAUGCUCGAUCUUCAUCAUCAUCACCCUCAGAUCCAUUAUGCCACUUGUCUGUCUAAUUAAUCAUAUAUUAUGUAGAGCAAUACGUAUAUAUACAUAGUUCAAGCAGAGACGUCACUAUAUAUAUGGUACGUUAAUUAGUUUGAUUGAUACGAUGAUAGUACUACGUACUACCUAAUUUCCUUUUUUUUCUUUUUCUUUUUCUAAUAAUACUAUUACGAAAGUCUUUUGGGAUAAUGGAGUAUAUUGAAGGAAAACAUGAUUGUCAACUGGGAUAUCUUUUCUUAAUAAUCAACGUUGUCUCAUAUUUCAUCA